AUGGAGGCUGACAACCACACGUUUCGAGUAGAGACUGAAGAGCCUCCAUCACCUCUGUCUGGGAAGGAAACAAAGAACACGAUCGUCCUUGGACUAGGAUUCCUGUUUGUGUUCGCGUCAUACUUGUCGCUACAGAAUCUACAAGGAAGUCUGAACGAUGAAGGUGGUUUGGGAGUUCUCUCCCUUAGUUGUCUUUACGGAGCCGCCAUUUUGUCGGCCAUCUAUGCUCCAACGUGUAUCACUGUUGUUGGGGUUAAACGAUCCAUGAUGAUUGCUUUUACCGGACAUUUGAUUUACGUUGCGUCCAACUUCUACCCUUCAUUCGCAACUCUUAUUCCUUCAUCAAUUAUUCUUGGAGCAGUCACGGGGCCGUUAUGGACAUCACUAGGGAUGUACCUCACCUCGUGUGCUAUUUCAGCUAGUGAGCGUACGGGUAUGGAACUAACCACCUCUCUCAGCAGAACAAACGGGAUCUUCUUCGGUAUGUUUGAACUUUGUAAUAUCGUGGGCAACCUACUAUCGUCCCUUGUUCUUUAUCAAGGUCAGUAUAACAGCACCAACAUCAACUCCUCUGCCUUCUGUGGCGCUAAUGAUUGUCCACAAGAAGAAACAGUUGAUAUUAUCGCCGAUCCCGAGCCAACUGUGGUUUACAUACUUCUACGGGUGUUUCUCGGAUGUGUCGCCACGGGUCUAGGGGUUGUCAGUGUAUUCCUUCAACCGAUACAACAUCAGUCACCAGCCAACAAGAACACCAUCAGAAAGUCACUGUGGUCCUGGUUCAGACUCAUCAUCCAGAUGGAUAUCAAGUUCCUGCUUCCAUUUAUGUUAUACACAGCGAUAGAAGAGGUUGUGGUCUUCACUGAACUAACCAAGUCCUACGUCAGCUGCCCUUUCGGGAUACAAAAUGUUGGGUACGUGAUGACAGCAUACGGGGUUUGUUCUGCCUCAAGCAGUUUCCUGUUCAGCAAAAUAGCUAAAUAUGCACGACGAUAUGUGUUACUGGGCCUUGCUGCUGUUCUUCAGAUGGUGCUGAUGCUGUGGUUGUAUCACUGGGUUCCGUCCCACCAUGACAUUCACUUAGUAUAUGUUAUUUCUUCAGUGUGGGGAGUGUCAGAAGGUAUUUGGAAAACCCAGACGAAUUCCGUUUUAGGGGAAAUAUUUCAAGACAACAAGCAGUCAGCAUUUGCAGUAUAUGAGGGUUUCAAAUCGAUAGCAUUUACCUGUAUCUUUGUAUACAGCAGCAUGCUCUGUACUUCUAUCAAACUUAUAAUCGCAAUGACCUUCCUAGUUCUGGGAAUGACCCUGUAUGCUUUGGCUGAAGUCAGAUAUCUGAAGAGAUCCCCCCAAAGGACGUCUGAAGACGACAAUGAAGAGGCUGCUAAAUUCGAAACUGCGGUUUCCUGA